AAGUGACUGGGUGAGGGCAUGCACACUGAGGUGACAUGUAGCACAGUGACUCUGUGGCGGCGGUUGGGAAAUGUGAUCUGUGAGGACAGCAUGACCUGGGCAACACUCGAAGCAAUGAGACAUUGCAGGAGGACACCAGCGGGCAAGUAAGAGCGGCUCUUCUUUAACCUUUCACCGUGCAAACGUGUUCUGCUAUGACUACACUGAUGAAGUGACAACAACGAGGUUACCAGAGGGCAUCAAUAUCAUGAAAAAGUAAAUGGUUUCUAUAGGAGUGCCAUCUAGGUCAUCUACUUUCACAUUUGUGCCAGUGGUGCAGAAAUUACCAUUUAAAAGCAUUAUGAGUGCAGAGGAGACAUCCGAAGUGCCACAGAUGAAAGCCAAUGAGAACGUAGCCGUGUCCCAGGAGAGGACAACCGGGGAGACCAUGUCAGACCGGGAGAUUUUCAAAGCAGAGUUUGUCUUUAUCAAGGAUUCUGUGGAAGGAGGAGCAGGAAACGUUGUCCCAGCAGAGCCGCAACUUAAAUUGAAGCCUUCGCUGGAUCACGUAAGCCACACUCUCACUAAAGCCUCUCAUUCAGUCAGCACUCAGCCUGAAAAUACAUCCAACCACAUAACUGCUGGGGCGACAUCUAUGGAAACAGCUGUUGAUAAACACAGGGGCAUUUCCCAUCGACAGUGUCACGAUACUUCUGGACGUGCUGAGGUUAGCUUGGGUUGCUUUGCAAAUAGAGUGUCAGAGGACAGAAGCAGCCCCACAGACUCUGUAGACCUGUUUCCCACCAUGACCUCGUCCAGAGACUCCCUCCUGUCAGACGGCUCAGACAAAGACAAGAGCUGGUCGGUCGUGCAGCCCUCCUCUGUGGUCUCUCCUUUCUCCUUCAGCCGCACUAUCUCCCCUUGCUCGUCUGUCCUCUCUGGCAUCUUCUCCCCAUCUGUCACCCAGAUCAAGAGGCACUUUCUGGCACCUGGCUCAAGUCUGGUUCAUAUCCCUCAAACCUGUUUCUCAUCCUGUGAGAGCCUGUCAUCCUCUGUCUGUCCCCAGUCCCCUCCUCCCCGGCACCGACCUCCUCUCACCCGACUUUCCCUCCUAACUGCCAUCCUUAGAAAAGGCCGCCUUCCUGUUCUGUCCUCUGCUCUUCAGAGGCCUUACACCCCCUGCUGGCCUGUUAACCCUGUGACCCUAUCCUUCUGCAAAGCCUGUUCAGCAGCCUCCAGUGUGGCCUCUAUUCCCCUGGAGUUCUCCUCACGCUUCUCCUCAUCAGUGUCUAUAGAUAGCACGACCCAUGUUCACAAAGAGGCUAAUAAAUGUGUCACUGCUCGCUCACCUGUGCAAUCCACUGAACACAGCCGGACACGCCCCCAAGCAAAAAGAUGCUGUGAGCAAACUCACUCAAGCAGCGUGCCAAGAUGGGAGCAGGUUAUUUCACCUCCACCAGCAAAAAGCAAAAAACGACCCAGGGCUCCACUGUCGCUGCUUUCAAACUUUAAAUCUGUUUCUCUGGCAGAGCAUGAAGAAAUGCUCGACUGUGCAACUCCCAAACAAAUGCAACACACACAUACGUCCACCUGCCAAUCCCCAGAGCUGAAAUCCAGCAACGCUGCCACGUACCAUACAGAAAAUAACCUUAAAAACCUCUCCCCGAAACUUGUUAUCGAGCGAGACACCUCUGUGCCGCAGAGUCACCCAUCAAAUUCAUCUCUCUCAAGACUUCAUCUGCUUUCUCAAAAACUCCGCUCUCCACCCGGCUGCUGUUCUCCACCUUCACAGUCACGCUCAUCUGAUGUCACAGUUUUCUCUGCUUGCUCAGAUGCAGCAUCACCUCCUCUCUCUUUACUAACCACCUCAGGAAGGUGUGAGUUUGAGAGAAGCUGUCCUGCUUCCAAACCUGACACCACAUCAGAGGGAUUUUACAAAGCCCAUUGCCUGUCCCCUUCCCGCUACACACCCAUCAAUUUUCUCGGAUGGCCGUCACCCACCAGCUCCCCCGUGCUUACACCCUCUCCUGCUCCACCAAUCAGAGACCUCACUCCGUCUCCUUCUCUCUCCCUGCGCUCCACAACAACCUCCCCGAGGCCGGGGAGUGGAAUAUCAGACUGCAGUGACAGGGAGGGUAAAAAAAGAAAGACACACAAGAUUAAGUUAAGCUAUAAAUCGCUUGCUGCAAUUCCCACGAACACCCUUCUGAUGGAUCAGCAGGCAAUUGACGAGCAGGUAGAGCGAAUAGACACUUCCAGCGACACGUUGGACAGAAGUGUUGCAGACACACAUGCAGAGAUGUGCUCGCCUGCUCAGCUGCGGCAACAGUCUGAGGAACUUUAUGCAGCUAUUGAUGAAAUACUGGCAAAUUCCAUUCCAGCACCCCCUAGGUCAUCGACUACCAACGUUGGUCUGCAGCAGAACAACUCAUCGCUUCCAAAAUCAUUGGGACGAGAAACCAAAUAUGCCUCUUUAGGCAGCUUGCCCCAGUCUUCCAGUAAGGCAAGACAUCUGCUGGAUCCAAAAAAGACUAAGCCUGGUGUUAUUCGUCCGAUGACGGCCAUUCCGAGACUGACUGUGGAGGGUGAGGAAGAAUUUCAUGUGAACCCGUUCAGACGGUCUGUCGUCAAGCAGACCUUGACUUACAACAAGAAGGCAGAGAAUCGGAGUCCUGAAAAGGCACUGGAAGGUUUUUACACAAGUCCAAAAAGCAUAACGAGUGAGGAGAGGAAGAGUGAAAGACGACAUCCGUUCUCACUGUGUGACCUGCAGAUUACAGAGGCUGAAGACCCGAUCAGUCGCUCUGACAGGGAGGCUUCAGCAUCAUUCAAGCAGAGGGCGGCUUUGGAGACUCAUAUUUAACGCACACCCAAAAAAGACGAAACAGUUAGUUGUUGUUUUUUAACUGCACAAUAGUCUGCUAAGACCAUUGCACAAUUACAGCUUCACAUGUAUAGCUGUUAAAAGCAAAGCUUUAAUAUGCACUUAAAGCAUGUAAGUGACCAUUUUGCACUUGCCAAAGCCAUUCAUCUUUUUUCUCCCUCAUGUACAAUUUGCGCUGACACUGGUCUCCAUUUUCUGUACAAUGACAAAUUCUGACAGCGUGACAGUGUUUCAGCCAUGGAACGCCCGUCACUUAACGGAAUGACUAUACUGAGUGUUCAUAUAAUGCAUUGAGAAGCUCCCUGGUCGGUUUUGGUUACAGAAAGAGCGUAACCUGUAGGCAUGUGGCGCGUGCUCUGCUAGUUGCACAGCCACUUUCACGUCUAAAUAUUGAUAACUGAUGUGGAAGGACAUGUAAAUAAACAGCGCUGUUGUUGUUGUUUUGCAGUAUUAAACUGGAUAAAUUCAAGUCUCCUAAAUAUAGGAACUGUUUUAUACGUUGUACAGACAAAACAGAGGUUUAUGUUUAUAUUUGCAAUCAGCAGGUUUAUAUUGAAGACACUCGAUCAUUGAUGUGAGUGUGAGAGUGGAUGUUUUUUUUUGCCUCUAUGUGGCCCUGUGAUGUGACCCUCAUGUGGAGGAUAAAGUGGAAGAAGAUGGAUGGAUGUUUAUAUUGAAUGUCACACUUCAGAUAGAAAGAGUGGGAGUAUAAGCCGCUCAAAAUCCCUUAAGGAGCUGACACUGAAAUGACCCUAAACAUAUAACAUGGAACCAUCUUGACCAGGUGUCACAAACUCAAAUGACCUCUGGGCCACUGGGCAUCUAGUCUGCACAGAAAAAACUUCAGUAGGGGCGGGCAAAAAAGAAAAAAGAAAAAGAAUUUCAAAAGUAAAAGCAUUUGUGUUGUUAAAGUUUACAAUAAAAUGUAUUUGUGAUGCAAAAUUAAGAAAUAACUUGAGUUAAUAUUAAGUGGCUGGCUGUGUGUUUGAGACCUCUGAUCUGGACCUUUUUUAAUGCCAGUGAAUUAACAGUCCAUAAUUUGCCUUAAAAAUUAGACAUCGCUUCCACCUCGGUUGUCUACGAUGGCCUUAUAGCACUUGGAGUCAAAAUAUGUGACUGCACGGCCACUCCUGUAUGCCAGAGGGUAAACAUCUGUGCCUGAAUUCUAGCCACAAAAAUGAGUAACAUGUGAGUUGUUGUAAUUUACUUUUAGUAAUAUAUCACUGGAUAUAUCUGCGACUAUCCAGUGAGAUAUCUCAUCCUCCCUCCCAUCUCUCUCUCAUGUGGAUGCAUUGCUUCACCAAGACACUGACACACACACACACACACACACACACACACAGACGCGGCUGCACAGAGUCUCAGGUGAAGUGAAAGUCAACUCAAAAGCAAUAAAUCCUUCUCAAAACUAAAGACGGACACACAUCAGCCCCAGUAUGAUAGCUCUUAAUCGCAGUGCAGCUCGCCAUGAACCCAACAACAAGUACACCUCACACUGUUAAAAUGCUUUUAAAUAAUUCAAAGAAAACACUGUAACUUGUUAUAAUUCUCGAUCUUGUUUUGAGUUUUACUGCAUAAAUGUUUGUUCUCAAUAAAAGCAACAACAACUACAGGCUAAUGGCA